ACGGUCGACUGCCUCUGUUCCGCCAUUGAAAUACAAAACCCUGCUGCUUACGUCUUAAUACUCUUCAUAAUAGAAGACAAAUAGAAAACGAACUAAAAUGGGGAGCUGUUCAUACGAAGAACGUCGUCAAAAGCGAGUGGAAGAGAACAAAAAACGCUUAGAAGAUCUCAAUCUUCUCCAUCUCUCUCAAUCUCUCAAAAGCAUCUCCCCCAACUCUUCUCCAAUGAAGAAGGUAGGAAAACCUAGAAUAGUAGAGAAGAAAAUGGUAGGAGUCCGACGAUCUUCCCGAGUAGCCAAAAAUCCUGCUCCUACUCCUGUUUAUAUUGAAGUUCAAUACCCUCGAUUAUCCUCACCCAGAAAGAGUUAUGGAGUGGUAAGGGGAAAUUACGAAGUUGCAACAGAAGAAGAAAGAGCCUACACCAUUAAAGUUGCAGAGAAAUUGGCUGCUAAACUUGAUGAAGAGGGUUUUCCUACUCUUGUUAGACCCAUUCUUCCUUCCCAUGUUGCUGGUUGUUUUUGGCUGGGUCUUCCUAGUGAUUUUUGCAGGUCAAGCUUACCGAGUAAUGAUGGAAUGGUGACGCUGGUAGACGAAGAGGGUGAAGAGUAUCCUGUUGUUUACUUAGCUCGGAAAACUGGAUUGAGUGGAGGUUGGAGAGGUUUUGCAUUGGGUCAUCAACUUGUAGAUGGUGAUACCGUUGUUUUCCAAGUAAUCAGUCACUCUAUUAUGAAGAUAUAUAUUAUAAGGGGCAAAGGCUACGAAGCUCCUCAGGACUAAAUAAUAACCGCAGUUGCAUGGGGCUUUUUCUAAACUGACAUUUUGUAUUAGCUUAGAUUUAGUACAGUUUCUUACCCAGGGAAGUAACAUGAUGAUGUAUCCUGUAAAGUUGAAAGAAUUCCCUCCUUGAAAAUGGAUUUCGUUGAUUUGAAUAUAUAUUAAGACAAUAUGAAAUGUAAAUCCAACCCUAGCAGUUUAAUUCUGCAGUAACAUAACGAGUUGAAUUUGCUUUUAUAAGAGUGAUUUAUCAA